AUGUCUUAUCCACCAGUGGUGAUAGAGAUCAGUGAUGAUGAUGAUGAAGAUAUAGAAAGAGAUGGAGGUCCUGGUUCAGCAGCUAUUCUCGCGACUCGCGAUAAACAAGCCUUGCUCAAGGCACUCAACUCAAUUGAAUCGACAGGCGAUAUCGCAGCUUCCAGUCACUAUAACAUAUUUGUGAAUCCCGGUCUCACUAUUGACGGCGGCAAUCUCAUUCGCCUACCGCUUGAAGAGGACGAUGCGCGAACCAUCAAGGGUGCAUGCAGACAAGCGCCUUUCGGCCAUGGCGACAAUUCAGUACGCAACACAUGGGAGCUCGAUGCGUCAAAAUUCGAUUUGGGAAACCCAGAAUGGCCCAAGUUUUUUGACAAGGUGCUUCGGGAUACUGCCACAGGUCUUUGUUCAGAUGAACUCCUUGCCAAACCAUACAAGUUGCUGCUCUGUGAGCCUGGCUCAUCCUUCAAGCCGCAUAAGGAUUCAGACAGGGAACGCGGCAUGGUCGGAACGCUCACCCUCUGUCUUCCUUCACAGCAUGAGGGCGGCGACGUGCACCUGUCACUUGGCUCUCAAAUCAAACGCCUAUCUACUGCUCCUACUUCCAAAUUUGACAUUACCUCAAUCUCUUGGUUCUCAGACGUGACGCAUGAGGUCACAAAAGUGACAUCCGGUUACCGGCUUGUCCUUACAUACAAACUGUUUAUUCGCGGGGAUGACUCCAUAUCGGCUUCUGCUGCCCUGGAGAAAAUUGAACGUCUAAAGCACCUGUUGAUCAAGUGGAAAUCCCGACCCUGUCAGCCUGAUAGAAUCAUAUAUCCUCUCGAUCAUCUUUACACAGAGGCAAGCCUAUGCUUGGAAAAUAUGAAGGGUCGCGAUCGGGCUGUCGCUCACUCUCUAAACAAGAUAUGUUCCGAGGCUGGAUUCUAUUUCAUGCUAGCACAUGCGAUCCAUGUCCGCAUGGGAGACGAUGGCCAUGGUGGCUACGAUGAGGGCUCGGAAGAAUACGGGAAUCUCAGAUCCAUACAUACCCCUUCAGGGGUUCAGGUUGCCUCAGAUCUCGCUAUUGAUCAUGAUGAAAUUCUGGGGUACGACAUUAAUAAAGAGGAUCCUAGCAGCGAAGACGAGGGCGAAUUCACCGGCUUCGAAAACACGACGCCUACCUUUCGCUAUCACAAGACUGUUGCUGUUGUUGUACUGAAGGACCGGCUUCGGAAGUAUCUCAUCAAGGAUGUCGGGCUCCCCAGUACAGUCCAAAGAGCCAGCACUGACCGGUUGACCGAAAUGGUUCUCCGAGAUCUUGCUAGUAAUCGAGACGAUGCAUAUACGAAGCAGGCGGCCGCAGGUUUUAUUGACAACGUGCUGCUCCGCAGCAGAGAACCCCAAGGACCAAUUGUCAGACUCAUAUCAAAGUGGGCACUGGAACUCAACAACAUAGCAAUGUUCCGUACUUGCGUUCAAGCUACAUACGCGCCCUUAACGCCAACUGCUCAAAAAUCCCAUCGUCCUGUGUAUGCAAAGGCUAUCAGCGAUGAACUUAUAAAUCAUCUCAGAACACGAUAUGCUGGCCAGGAAAAUACUAUUGAUUGGGAUUACUGGUUCAAAGAUUUCAACCAGGCUAUUGACAUAGCCACGGAAUUUGAUACCUUCUGUUAUAUCUUUGUAUCUUCUAUAACAUGCGAGCCUCUACGUAAUAGUUUCAAAGCAUGGGCAGGUCCCAUCUACGACAAAAAGCUGGCGUCUCAGACUUUAUGGACUCUUUCGGAUGAGGAGUAUAUUCUCCGUCUUAUUGAGAAGCGCAAUAAAUGGGCAUUGCAGAGCUUUCUUCCGAAGUUCGUGCCACGUUUCCACCGAUCUCUGCUUUGGGCCUUGUUACACAGUAUCACUUCAGGGCGUUUUAAACGUUUCAAGAAUUCCAGAGAGCUCUGCAAAUGCAUCAUGAAGCAUGGAAAAGGACAGUUGAGCCUCUGCGGCAACGACAUCAUGGAAGUAGUUAAUACCCCGCCAGGCUUCUGCCGCAACAAUCUCACCCCCGGGCACGCAGUCGACACUCAUCAUUCUGAAGCUGAUGACCCCGACCAUCGGACUUCUUUUAAGAAGUUUAUUAGAAUGGUACAGGAAAGUUACAUCAAUGGUGCUGAGCAGGAAGCGCUGGGAUUUUUGCAGCAGAGCUGCCAGAGGCUCGUUGACGAAAGGCAGGUUUGGUCAUCAGUAAGUGCUUCUUACCUGGUGAACAACUUUCUCGAACCGCUUGUCGCAAUAUUUGAGGCAUGGAAGGUGCCUCCAACACCUGCAAUCCAUCAAUUCUUCGAGAUUGCGUUGCGAGAUGUCAUCCACAAGCGGAUCACGACCCGACCUGUUCAACUUACGGGAUGGGCUCAUGAAAAGGUCGUCUGCCCGGUUUUGCAUGAUUGCAACCCGUGUCGAUCGCUGAACACUUUUCUCGAGAACCCGCAACAACAGAUAUGGUGCAUCCAAGCAGCACAAAUUAUCCGAAGACAUGUCGAGGAUCAAUUGACGGAUCCACACUACUCCCUAAAAACGACCAGAGAAGGUGUGCCAUAUACAUUAGUGGUGACCAAGCUAGGAACAAACUAUGACAAGACAUCUCGUAUCUGGCAAGGCCAGGCCCAGCAAGUUGCACAAAGUGUCUAUGCGUUAAGACGCGACUACGUGAAAGCUUUGCUGGGCGAGGACAAGUAUAAAGCGCUUGUCAUAAUCGAGCCAAGUCAGGAGAAUGCUGGAACCACAAGCCAAGAAAAUGGAAAUUAUGCACAGUCGAACACGAAACGUAGGCGAAUAUGGGAAUGA